GGCCAGACGUUCGCGAUGUUUGAGGUUAUGGUCGUGUUUGUUAUGUUGGACUUUGAUGUUGCUUUUUGUUUGUAAUAAAUCUUUCGUUCGUUCGAAAACAAUGUCGGCCGUGGUGCGAGUAGCGCGAAAUAAACUACUCUUAUACCGGAGCCUGCAUUAUGUGCAAGGUCAAGAGCCGGAACCCAAAGUUAGGGAGUACUUUUAUUACAUCGACCACCAAGGGAUGUUGUUUUUAGACGACGCCCGCAUGAAAAACUUCACGUCGUGUUUCAAGGACAAGUCGUUCCUGCGAUUCUUCUUCCGACGGCUCCGGCUGAACGGCACCGGUCGCUACACGGAGUUUCCCUAUCUGUCCGUUUGCGGCAAGGAGCGCAAUUUCGUUAGAUGCGACGACUACCCCGUCGUUUACACCCACGUGAUACGAAAAAACGGAGAGUACCUUUUGGCGCACAACCAUGCGGAUGAUUUGCUUACGGUGGAGUUUCGCCCCGAUAAACUGUUGAUGUUGCCAACCACCGGUCGUGUUUACCAUCCGGCACCGCCAGAGGUCGGUUCCGUGGGGUUGAUCCGAUCGAAACUGGCCGUGGAGUUUAGCAGCCAUUUUGAAUUCGGCGACAGGCCUGGCGAUCCACCGACUCAUUUCAAUUUCGACGGGCACAGAUACCUAUUGGAAGGGCAGUGGUAUAAGGAAGUAAUGGAUAGAAAAAGCGGCUAGGUUAAAGUUAGGUUAUUUAUGUCUCCCGAGACAACUAUAAAAACUCGUGCUGGAAAAACUUGUGACGUCCGACAAGAGAAAAUGCUGGAAUUGAUUUUUAGAAAGUUUCUAGAAUGGCAGGUAGGGGCACAAUUGAAUUUUUUAAUGAGUCGUCGAAAACGGUUCCUUUCAGAAUACCAAAGCUGACACGGUUGAGUCAUUUAGAUUGCUUGUUAAAAUACGGAAAUUAUAUUUAACAUGUCAAUAGCAAUUAAUACUCAACCAAAAAAAAAAUGCCUUCUUAUCGCAACAAAGGAUAACCGAAUACGGGUCAAACCUAUAUUAUAAGUACAAUACCUGCAUUAUUAAACCUAAAAUUUCGUUCUUUUAGCAAAAUACACGUAAGUUUACUGUUAAGAUACCGAAAUUAUAUUUAAAAUGCCAAUUGCAGCCGUGAAAUAGGAAAUUUUGUAAACGCAAAUGCGCGUUGGAAAACAAAAUAGCAAAAAUUGUAAUGGCGGUAGAAAAUUGUGCAAAAAUUUAGUUAAAAAAAAAAUGACCUUUUUAUUUGUAUGUAUAUUUUGGCUAUACGUAACGUAACAUCAUUCUCCAAAAACGAGAUUUAAGAUGGCGAUUUCGCCACCUGAUGACCAUCCUAGAAGUUUAAAAAUAAUUUUCAGCAUUUUCUAUUGGUCGCUUUGUCAUAAAUUGAAAAAAUAUAUGAAAACCAUUUUCGAAUUUUUUUUUGUUGAAAGUAUUGAUUGAUUUUAUUACGUCUUUCCAAAAUAUGGGGAUUCUAAAGUUACCAGAAAAAAAAAUAGCAACAUUAGAAAAGACACCAUAAUGACCAAGAAAUAUGAGAAAAAUGAAAAUUAAAGUUUUAAUUAAUCAAUAUUUCUUUUGCAUCUCUCCAAGAAAAGCUGCUUACUUUCAAGAUGUUUUUAAACAUUUUAAAUAUGUAUUUUAAUAUAUAUUAAGCUCUUAUGAAAUUUCGUCGAAUUGCCCUUUUUUUACUUUUAAGACUUUAAAAACAUUAUUACCUCCAAUAAAAGUAAUAAUUUUUUUCAGUGAUUUAUAUAUAUUAUUAUAUAAUGUUUUUUUGCUGUUUCCACAAAAAUCGGAUUAAAAUUCUGAAGAAUUUUACUUCCUUUUUCUACUUCUAAGAUUAGCAAUUUUUUGGAGUGACAUAUAAUAGAUUUUAAUAUAUAUUACUAUAUAAUCCUUUACUAUAUACUUUCUUUAACUUUUAC